ACAUGACCAUCCUUUCUCCCUUCAACCGCGCGCGGGGAGCCCCAUAGCAGAUGACCCAUUCCGUGCCCGUCUCCCUCAUUAACUCUGCGGUGUCCUCACAGGCAGGCAGCCAGGACUGUGUUCCUUCACAUGAAUCUUUGAUGCGCAUGAACUUAGGCAAUCUGAAUCCUCGGUCAGUGGCAGAGAUGAUCCUCCCAGUGUCUUCAUGAGGGAGCCUCUAGGACUAUCCCUCAUUCACAGCUGCCCUGAGAUAUCGGUGGUGCUGUCCCAUCUCUGCGGCAAAGGCAGGAGAACGGACUUGAAGACCGCACAGCGGCUUACUGGCAGAGCUGGUACCAGAGCCCAAGGAGGUGCCAGCACCCAGCUCUAUGCACCCUUCACUCGGCUGGACCGCACAAGCUAGAAAGCAGGCCACCAGGGUGCAGGGCUUGCCUUUGCCCCUGAUUCGCUCGCUCUGUGAUAUUGGGGAGCAGCCAAGCGGUCCACCUCCCCACCUGGAAAACCGAGAGUGAACCCCAGGGGUGUAUUCAUCCUGCAGUUGGCGGGCACCGGGCUAGGGGGUGGUGCCAGAUGCCCCCCCCCCCCCCGAGAAUGCCAGCGCAAGGACGAAGGGCACCCGUCGCUCCCCUCUGCCCUCGGCCAGCCACCGUCUCUCUCCAGCCACCUCUCCCCAACCGCCCCCCCCACCUCCCGCGCACCGUUGGUUCCGUGGCUCCGGUUCGGCGAUCCGGGCUCCGGGUCUUCGCUGACGCCUCGUCACUCGGGAGACGCGGAGAGCGGCUUGCGGUUGCCGUGGGAACCCCGCGGCGGCCCCGGAGCGGCGCACGACUCGGAGCCCGGGGGCCGGGCCUGCCCCGCGAGCGCCGAGGGGUCUUUGGCGUCUCAGACAGACACCUGUCGCCAGCGGCGAAGGGAGGCGGCGUCGCAAGAUGAAUCAACUGAGGCUGAGAGGGGAAGAUGCCCCGCCGGAGGAGGCUGGAUGCCAGGUGGGCCUGACUCCAAACUUGAAGGCCCAGCUUACCACCUUCACUCCAACUGGUGGGAGCAGGACAAGGCGGCUGUCGCAGUGAACAGCAGCCUCCCCUGCCCCUUCCAGACAGCCCCUCAGGCUGGGUCCCCCUCCCUCCCCUGCCUGCGGGUGGUAGGGGCAGCUGUGAUGUGGCAGGAGGGACACCAGGCCCGCCCCGAUGAGCACGGAGCUGCCCCUGAGCGGAGGCCCAGGGAUGGUAGGAAAGUCCCCCUUUGGCUCAGCAGUCUGGAUGCCCUGCUGGGGGUCUGGAGAAGUUUCCGGACGGGACUGUGCGUUAGGCCUCUUGCAGCCAUCUUUGUCCGCUGGUAUUCUGGAGGCGCCCACCCUCUGCUGGGCCCUGGGGUGAGGGGAGACAGAGCCGAGAGCAGGCUGGGCGGGGGGCCCAGGAGGCAGAAAGCAGACGCCCCCCCCCCAAGGCUUCGUGGAGGGAGUGGCUCUGUGCUGAUCCUGGAGGCUGGGCAAGGUGUCCCCGAGAAGAGUGUCCUGUGGCCCACAGGUCGCAGAAGACAGGGCAUGUCCCAGGGAGGGGGCACUGUUUCCCCAGCCCACUCCCCCAGCAGCGCCCUAGGACCCCCUGACAGAACCGGAACCACAGAGCCCCGGGCCUGGGGGAGCAGCGGACUUCCUAGAGGUGGGACACUGCCACCAAGCAGCAGUCAGAGCAACCAACUUGCUUUGGGUGGAAAUUUUUCACUGCUUUCAAAAGAGUAUGAAAACCUUUGGUCAAGAUUUCCAGGGCUCCUGAGCACUAAGGAAAAUGGAUCUCUGGGAAGAGCCAGAUCCUUUUUGCUCUCGUCUUCACCACCAGGUACCUGGACCUGUUCACCAACUUCAUCUCCAUCUACAACACAGUCAUGAAGGUGGUUUUUCUCCUCUGUGCCUAUGUCACAGUGUACAUGAU